GAACGACGUACUCAACAGACUUGGAAGAUCAAAUCAUGUUCCGCACCGCCGUCCUCUCACGCCCUAAGGCACUUGCUCGCCCCGCUGGGUACGUCCCGGCUUUGGGAAGGAUGUACAGCGAUGGCAGGUCGGAGGGGAAGGUCGCUACCAGCCAGGGCUUUGGGAAGAGGGAGAAGGCGCAGGAGGAUAUCUUCAUUCGUGAGCAGGAGAAGGCCCAGCUCGCCAAGCUCAGAGCGGCGCUGCAAAAGCAGAGGGAUGACCUCGCCGCCCUCGAGGCGGAACACGAUGCACUCGCGACAAAGGUGGCUGAGGAGGGCGACAAGAAAUAAUUCGUUUACACACUCGUCCCAUUCCCGUUUACGGUCUAUGAAAGCAAUUAACUAUCUUCAACACAAAGCUGCCUGUGUACGUAGUGCAGGUUGAACGCGAAUCGCAAUGCAUAAACGUGUUCCUGU